AUGGAGGUACAAGACAAGAAAGGCAUUGAGAAUGGAGCUGCUGACCAUGUCUCACGGUUAAGGAUAGACUCAAAUGUGCCUCUAGAUGAUUCUUUACCCGGGGAGCAUCUAUUGGUGAUCAGGCAUGGUAAUAUCUCCAAAAGAAGUGAGAUGCCUCAGAAUCCGAUCUUUCAAGUGGAGGUCUUCGACUGUUGGGGAAUAGACUUCAUGGGGCCGUUUAUCUCGUCACACGGUAACCAGUACAUUUUGGUUGCCAUAGACUAUGUCUCUAAAUGGGUUGAGGCGAUCGCAAGCCCCACAAACGACUUAAAAGUGGUGUGUAAGUUGUUCAAAAGCAUCAUUUUCCCACGGUUUGGAGUUCCACGAGUAGUUAUAAGCGAUGGGGGUAGCCACUUUAUUAACAAGACUCUUGAGGGCUUGUUAAAGAAGCAUGGUGUCAAGCACAAAGUGUCGAGCCCUUACCACCCUCAGACAAGCGGGCAAGUUGAGGUUUCAAACAGGCAGAUAAAAGCGAUCCUAGAGAGGACUGUGAGCAAUUCAAGGAAGGACUGGAGCAAGAAACUUGGUGAUGCUCUUUGGGCUUACAGAACGGCUUACAAAAACCCUAUUGGUACCUCUCCUUUCAACCUGUUGAAUGGGAAGAGCUGUCACUGGCCGGUUGAGUUGGAAUACAACGCCUUGUGGGCAGUCAAGCUAUUGAACUUUGACAUCCAGACCACUCAAGAAAAAAGGGUUCUACAGCUUCAUGAACUUGAGGAGAUUCGACUGAAAUUGUUCCCUGGAAAACUCAAGUCUAGAUGGUUCGGAUCAUUUAAAGUUCUAGAAGAGAGAACAUAUGGAGCCGUUGUUUUACAGGGAAAAGAUGGCCAAGGGUUUGUUGUGAAUGGUCAAAGAGUGAAACACUACCUGGUGUCCGAAAUGAAAGAGGAAGCUACCUCAGCUCCUCUUCUUGAACCCCAAACCACCUAA